AUGGCGGAACGCCGCGGAAGGCCACCUAAUUUGCCACCGCCCCCAGAUACACAUUCAGAUUCGCAGUCAGAAAGGCCAACAUGGACUGUAACGCGAAGAGAGCGAACGGAGCUUUCGCCAUUACGGUCAACUUCUCCAUUUCAAUCACGAACGGUGACGACAACUGAACGGGUUCAAAUCUUACAAAUGCCUAUCACGCUCACGGACGAGCAGAUAGCUCCAGCACGUCUUUUAGCGUUUUCACCUUCUGGGAAUACCAGCCAAUCAGUUUCAUCUACCGUCACAACAAUGCAGGGUGAAGGAACGCCUUUGAUUUCCGGUGUCACAGCUAAUGGUACGCCAUUGUUCAAUGGUAUUCUGAUAUGUCCCGAGGCGAGGCACACAACAACCAUAAUUACAACAACAACCACCACGUACAGAAUGAUAGAGGUCAGCGAUAGUGAUUCACUGUCAGAUGAUUUUGAAAUAGUUGACGACAACACUUUGACGGUGGACGUAUCUCUUGCUCCCUCUCCAACAACUUCUCCUCAAUAUAUGAUCGUUGGAAAGACCGAAUCUGAAGCUCCACUAUCUCCUAUAACAAGAGCGAGAAUGCACAUUGAUCUCGAUUUUUCUCCGAAAGAGAUAACCAAAGAGAUAGAAUUGGAAAAGAAGCCAAUUAUGGAGAUGGUAACCGUCUAUCACAAUGGUGUAUCAGCGAAGGAUGAAAAAGCUCCAACGGAAGAGAAAGUUGUUGAGUAUACUUCAGUGACCUACCCACAUGAUCAGAUUCCCUCAACAAGUGACAGCGAAACCACAACAAACAUUCAAAGCAGCAUUGAUCUCAAAACCAUAAGCACAUCUUCAGAAGAUGAAGACAUUGUUAUCGUCGGCACUGACAUGGUAGAAAUGAUUUCAAGUGGGAGCUCAUUUAGUGGAGAGAAGAUAGGGAGACUACAGAAAAGUCCACUCCAGAUAGAAUUUUUGGAUGAACAGAAGUCGCCUACGAGUGAGGAGCGUCAGGAAGAUUUUGAGACAGUGGAAGAAAGUUUGACGCCGACCAAAUGCUACGGAUUUCCGUCAACUGCUGCAUAUAAUGGACCAAUGGAAAUCACAUCUCCUAAUGAAGAUAUAAGGAGUGAACCAAUUAUUCACCAUGUCAGCGUUUACCAUAGCGGGCGAUCCGACGAGCCUCCCACAAAAAAAGAAAAAACAAGCGAUACAACGGCAGAUAUAGCCAAAGCGCUUGGACAUAAAAUAAUGAAUCUGUUUGCAAAACAAUCCUUCCCUUAUGAGUAUCCAGUAUCAGAACCAUACCAUGGUCCUUUAGAAGCUACCAGGAGGAAAGAAGAUAUUGAUUCUCAACCGAUACACAACGUUGUUAGCGUUUACCACAUUGGACGUUCAGACAUUCCUCAAGAACCGACCACAGCAGCUACUACGGAGACGGUACUCCAAAUAAAGGACAUGUACUACGAUUAUUCCGAUAGCCCAAUUGAAAGCCCACUUAGUAGCACCUAUCGUAUGGCAGAAACAGAAGAAGAGCCGCUUACCUAUGACGUGAGCAUGUAUCAAAGUGGACGCUCAGGUGAAAGGGCACCUAAAUCAGAGAAACCCGAAGAGGGAGAAAUUUUUGAUGUUGCGGAAGCUGCGAAAACUUUUGGUGUGAAUAUCAGCGGCUUCUUAAGGAACGGCUAUCCCAUAUCAGAAGUAUACGAAGGCCCAAUGGAUAGCAUAAAUCGAGUCAAGGAUAUAGAACGAGAACCAAUAAGCCAACGCGUGAGCCUCUACCAUAGUGGAAUUUCCGACGUUCCACAAGAAGGGAGAACGAGCGUUGUCGAAACCGUGAUAAACAUUAGGGACAGAUACUUUGAUUACCCAACUACCGCAGCCUACGAAGGACCACUGGACAGCACUACUCGCACGUCAGAGAUCGAAGGUGAGCCU